UAUAAAUUAAAAAAUAUGCUAGCCAAUAAUAAAGAUAAAGUAUCUUUGAUCUUCUUAUGCGUGUAACAAAAUACAUGUAUAUGCGAAUGUCUAUUAGUGUUGGAAAAUUGAAUAUCAGUGUGUGUUUAUAUCAUCUCCCGCGCAAAAACAUUAAGAGUUUAAUGAUAUUUACUACUUAAUUUCUUUCAAUUGAAGAUAACAUUUUAACAUCUGAAUGUUAGUUAUUUAAAAGUUAUGGGGACAAUAGAGAUAACGUUUCCGUUUGGUGGACAAUCAGGAAAAUUAUUAAAAUGGAGAGUUCGGAUGGAUACUAUGGUUUCAGCGGGUAGAGUGCUGUUUUUGUAUCAGAAUGUUAUUCCAGGAACAGAAGAUAGUAAAGGUCCUGAGAAGAAAUUUCGGGCCACGCGACUCGGUCGUGUUACAAAAAUUUUAGCGAAAGAAGGGGAUGUUGUUCAACCUGGGCAAGUAGUAAUGACAUUAGAAGGAUGUAGACAUCCUACCGUAAUGAAAGACUUGUGUGCAGAAUGUGGCGUGGAUUUAAGAGUUGAAAGGAUUGGUAAAGAAAAUGAAAGUACAAAAAUAUCACAAGCUAGUGUACCAAUGGUACAUAGUGUGCCAGAACUGAAAGUAUGCCCAGAAUUGGCUAAAAAAAUUGGAAAGGAAGAUGAGCAACGUCUUUUGAAUGAUCGCAAGUUAGCAUUACUUGUGGAUCUUGAUCAAACAAUUGUUCAUACAACAAAUGAUAAUAUUCCCUCUAAUAUAAAGGAUGUUUAUCAUUAUCAACUUUACGGACCAAAUUCCCCGUGGUAUCACACUCGCUUAAGGCCUAAUACCAAACACUUUCUUUCUGAAAUGAGUCGUUUAUAUGAAUUACACAUAUGUACAUUUGGAGCAAGAAACUACGCACAUACUGUAGCAGCGCUAUUGGAUAAAGAUGGAACUUUAUUUUCUCAUAGAAUACUUUCAAGGGAUGAAUGUUUUGACCCUGCAUCAAAAACAGCUAAUCUUAAGGCUUUAUUUCCUUGUGGAGAUGAUCUGGUAUGCAUUAUAGAUGAUAGAGAAGACGUAUGGCAAGGAUGUGGGAAUUUAGUUCAAGUUAAGCCUUAUCACUUCUUUCGUCAUACUGGUGACAUACAUGCACCACCAGGACUAGAAAAAAGUGAUGUAUCUGUUUUACCUGAAUUGCAAAAUACAAAUGAACUUUGUAUUGAUGACAAUCUAAGUGAAACAGAUAAAAAUGGUGCAUCUGUAUUGUCAGAUGAAGGGAAUGCGAUUGAUAAUAAUCAAAGAAAGGAAAUUGAGGAAACAAUCGAAGAUAAAGAAAAUGAACACGAAUUUAUAGAAAAGAAUGAUAAAAGUGCCAAAGAUAAUACCAAGAGCGACACUAAUUUAAAUCUUGAUUCCAAUAAUGAAAAUAAAGAUGAGAACAAAGCAUCAGAGGAGUCAAAAGAAAAUUUAACACUAUCUGAAUCAGUACAAGAUAUAAAAACUGUAAAUAAAAAUCCUGAUGAAAAUAAUAUUAUAGAUGAAGAUGACGAUGACUAUUUAUUAUAUCUUGAAGAUAUUCUUCGUAGGAUUCAUACUGAAUUUUAUGCUACUAUAGAAAAAGAAGGUGGACGGAAGUCAUUAAGAGACAUUAUUCCACGAGUGCGGGCUCAAGUAUUAAAAGGAGUAUACUUAACUUUUAGUGGAUUAAUACCUACUCAUCAAAAACUUCAUCAAAGUCGAGCUUAUAAAGUCGCCAGAGCAUUUGGAGCAGAAGUGGCACAGGAUUUGUCAGAUAAAACUACUCACUUGGUAGCUAUUAGACCUGGAACUGCAAAGGCUAAUGCAGCAAAAAAGAACCGAAAUAUAAAAAUUGUAAACCCAGAUUGGCUUUGGACUUGUGCAGAACGCUGGGAACAUGUUGAUGAGCGUUUAUUUCCACUUACUACAAAGGCACGUGCUUCUAGAAUACCGCCUCCACAUUGCAGUAGUCCUGAACGUAUAGAAGAACCAGAAAAAAAUAUAGAAAACAGUUUUGCUGAUAGUAUUAAUCCAUUAAUGUCAUUCACACCAGAGGAAAUAGAAAUUAUGGAUAAAGAAGUUGAAGAAGAUAUGGAUGAUCAAGAAUUAGAUGCACCUGUCUUUGAUACAGAGGAUAUAGAUGAUGAACAAGAAUGUGAUAAAAAAUAUUGUUAUAAGGAUUCAGAUUCUGAUGACUCUAUAAACCGAAGUAAUACAAAUGAACCAAUAAGAAAGAAAAAGAAGCUUUGUAAUGAAAGUUCAGAUGAUGAUAGCUUAAGUGACAAAGAUGAUACUUUAAACAAUGACGAUGAUGACUCUGUAACGCGUUUUAGAAGAGGAGAAUGUUUACCUGAUGACUUAGAUUUAGGUGAUAAUUCUCAAGAUUCAAUCGAUGAUCUGGAAAUAAUGGAUAAUGAAGAUGAACGAGAAUGGAAUGAAAUGGGAGCUGCACUUGAAAGGGAAUUUCUUUCUGAAUGAUUCAUUAUAAAAAUUGCUUGUUUUGCUUCUAUGAAUCAGCUAUGAUUAUUAUUUUUCAAUUUCGAAUUGGAGAAUUUUAAUAAUCACUAAUAAUAUUUAAAUUGACAUGUUUGCAGAAUUUUGAUUCCAAGUAGUUUGAGACAAUGUUAUAACAAAUUUAAAAUGAUGUAUAAAUUUAACAAGGAGAAAUACAAAAAAAUCAUAUUGUAUUUAAUAAUUGAAUUUAAAAUUAAUAUUACAUUUUUAAUAAAUUGUAAUUUUAAUAAUUAUUUUCUAAUUUUUAAAGGAAACUGUAACUAAUAUAUGUAAAUAGCGCAUAUAUAAAAUGAUUCGUUUAUAUUAAAAAAAUGUCAAAAGAUAAGUAUCAAACGAAUCAAAUAUAUGUUUUCUUUUUCUGAAAGUUACAACUUAAUUUGAAAUAUACUGUUAAUUUUUUUCAAUAUAA